AUGGAGUACGCCGAGCAGAACCACCAGCAGCAGCAGCACCAGUACGCCGGCCAGCAGCAACAACCCAUCCAGCAAGAGUACACCCAGGGCACCAACGUCCAGAACCAAGAAUGGCAGUCCGGCAUCUGCAGCUGCGGGCCGUGUGAUACCUGUCUAAUCGGCACAUUCCUGCCAUGCCUGCUCCUCGGUAAGACCUCGGAGCGCAUGCGCGACCCCACGAUGCAGACGUACGAGGCCGUCAACACCGACUGCCUGCUCAUGUGCGGCAUCACCUGGUUCACCGGCUGCGGCUGGAUCUACGCCAUGAUGAAGCGCGGCGAGAUCCGCGAGCGCUUCGGCAUCAAGGGCUCCGGCACCAGCGACUGCUGCGUCAGCUACUGGUGCGGCUGCUGCGCCCUCAUCCAGCAGGACAAGGAGGUCCAGGCUCGUCUCUCGACGGGGCCCAUCGUCCAGGGAUACCAGCCUCAGAAGGAGGGCAUGCAGAUGCCGCAGCACAACUGA